AUGGAGAAAUCUCCCUUGAACAGGUUCCCGUGGGAAUCUGAUGUGCCUCAGGGCGCAUUCUGGGACAGCCUCUCCAAUGAUAACUUGGGACGCCAAUUUCUUCGCGUGUUCAGUGCUGACGAGACAAUUGCUCUGAGUCUUGAUAACAUGGCUCAUCUUGACAAAGUCGCCAAGCUUCAACUACUCGAGUCCUUGAUUCUUGAUAGAAUGAGGAACAAGCCACUUCCUCAUGUCCCAGAGUCUCUGAGCUCCAAUGACUUCUACAAUAUAUGGCAUCGUCGCGAAUUUUUACUUGCUCAUGUGCAGCGAGAGCAAGGAGCUACGAAGAUGGUUGAGGCAGAGCAGCGAUAUCGCACGAUGAUUGACAUAUGGGGCAAACGGAACGAUCCUGACAAGAAAUGGCCUCAGGACCUUGGCUCCAUCGACAAUUUGUUCAUUAUUCUAGCUCAGCAAAAUCGGUUUUCUGAGGCAGAGCUGCUAGCCAAGGAGCUAAUAGGAUUGAUUCGUCAAUGCCCCGACCUUGGCUAUGGAUCUCCAAUGAAUAUCGGAAUCAUGCUGAAGUUGAUGGAUAUCUUCGGGAAGCAGGGCAAAUACGACGAGGCUCUUGCUCUGAAUGCCGAGGGUUAUGCGGCAAUAGACAUCAUGGCCAAAGGAAUGUUUGCGAAGUACGUUGAUACCCAGCGGAAGUCACUCGAUCAGAUGAAAAGGGCUUUGGAGGAGCAUAGAUCGUGGGAGUCGGGCUAUCUUAUAAUCCGCUAA